AUGGUGCUGAUGUCAUACCACUACAGCUCUUCCUGAUGGGGGCUGGCUUUUGCAAUCAAUUAUAGUACUGGUGUGCAGCACAGAGGCUGUACUGGUUAUCGGCACACUGCAGAGGAGAGAGCUGAACGUCUGACUGCAAGGAUGCUGUUGACACUACAGUGUGAUUCCGACAUGUCUACCAUGGUUGCAACUACCCUAGCUACAGAAGAUUUUUUUGAGUCCCCAAAAAUAUCAGAAGACCUGUGUCUGAAUGAUAUAACAGUGAAUUCAUCGCAGAGUUUUGGAGGGGAAAGAUUCCAAAAACCUCUGGAUGUCAGCAAUGAAAUAUCGGAGCCCUCAAGUGCCCAGCCCCUAUCAGAUACUGCGGAGCCUAAAGAAGAGAAACCCCAAUCUAAUGAAAUUACGGCAUCCGCCUCUGACAUGAAGCUGUGGACAACCCAAAGGGACAGGGCUGUACAAUUAAGGACGGAAGAAUCUGGUAUGGCUAGUCUGCCUCCUGUUACCAUUCACCAGCUAUUCCUGGAUACAGUUAAUAAAUAUGGUGAUUGUGUAGCAUUGGCAUCCAAGCAAGGCGACCACUGGGUAAAAUUUACGUACAAGCAAUACUAUGAACAGUGCCGAACAGCAGCCAAGGGCUUCAUAAAGCUUGGUCUUGAGCGGUUUCAUGGUGUGGGCAUCCUUGGAUUUAACUCUGCUGAGUGGUUUAUUUCUGAUGUGGCAGCUAUUCUCGCUGGAGGUUUUGCUGUGGGCAUAUACACAACAAACUCAGCUGAGGCAUGUCAUUAUGUGGCAGACAACUGCGAAGCCAACAUUCUUGUGGUGGAAAACCAUAAACAAUUGCAGAAAAUUCUUCAGGUGCAAGACCAGCUGCCUCACCUCAAGGCAAUUAUCCAGUACAAGGAUGAGUUGAAGGAAAAGAAGCCAAACCUGUACACGUGGGCUGAGUUUAUGCAAUUGGGAAAAGAGGUUUCAGAUUCUGAACUGGACCAGAUAAUCUCAUCUCAAAAGCCCAACCAGUGCUGCACACUGAUCUACACAUCUGGGACAACAGGUCAACCCAAAGGAGUCAUGUUGAGUCAUGAUAAUAUUACGUGGACUGCAGCAGCUGCUGGUAAAACAGUACGGCUUAAAGAAGCUACAGAUAUACAGGAAGUUGUUGUCAGCUAUCUGCCUUUGAGUCAUGUUGCAGCACAAAUGAUUGAUAUAUGGCUAACCAUGAAGUAUGGAGGUGCCACUUACUUUGCACAGCCAGAUGCACUAAAGGGCUCCCUGGCAACAACCUUGCGGGAAGUGCGACCCACAGCUUUUCUAGGUGUUCCGAGAGUGUGGGAGAAAAUGCAGGAAAAAAUGAAGGCUGUGGGAGCAAAGUCAUCUACAGUUAAACGCAAGAUGGCCUCCUGGGCCAAGGAGGUAGGCUUGGAGACCAACCUAAAGCGAAUGAACGGGGUUUCCUCCCACCCAAUGAAGUACCAUGUGGCCAAGAAGUUGGUUUUCAGAAAGGUGCGCAAGGCACUGGGGCUAGACCGAUGUACAAAAUGUUACACAGGGGCUGCCCCCAUCACAAAGGACACACUAGAGUUCUUCCUGAGCCUCAAUAUCCCUGUCUAUGAGCUGUAUGGAAUGAGUGAAAGCUCAGGCCCACAUACCAUCUCACUGCCUGAUGCCUUCAAGAUCACUAGCUGUGGGAAAGUAAUCUCAGGGUGUAGGACCAAAAUACUCCAGCCAGACAAUGACGGCAGUGGUGAGAUCCUUUUCUGGGGCCGCCAUGUUUUUAUGGGAUAUCUUAACAUGGAGGACAAGACACAGGAAUCUCUUGAUGAAGAGGGCUGGUUACAUUCUGGCGACAUUGGAAAACAUGAUGAUCAAGGAUUCCUGUUCAUAACUGGAAGAAUAAAAGAACUGAUCAUUACAGCUGGUGGGGAGAACAUUCCACCUGUUCCAAUUGAGGAUGCCUUGAAGGAACAAAUACCAAUAAUCAGUAAUGCUAUGCUGAUUGGAGACAAAAAGAAAUUCCUCUCCAUGCUGCUUACACUGAAGUGCAAUAUAAAUGCUGAAUCAGGGGAGCCGGAAGAUGAUUUGACCCAAGAGGCUAUUGAUUUUUGCCAGAAGUUGGGUAGCAAAGCUACCAAAGUCUCUGAGAUCAUUGGCAGCAAAGAUAAAGUUGUAUAUGCUGCAAUCCAGGAGGGAAUAAACUUGGUGAAUGAAAGGUCAACUUCCAACGCACAAAAGGUCCAGAAGUGGUCAGUCUUGGAUCGAGAUUUUUCUAUCACAGGAGGAGAGCUAGGUCCAACCAUGAAACUGAAGCGGCCAGUUGUGUCUAAAAUGUACAAAGACCAAAUUGACAGCUUUUACCAGGAAGCAGAGACGCCCACUGAAAAUGUCAGCCCACCCAAGUAAUGCCCUGACGUUCUGUGGUCUGCAGUAAGGCAACUUCAUCCUUCAUCCUUGUCCAUUUUGUAAUCGCCCUAUGCUCACAGAAGGACUCUGCCUCAUGAGACCCCCAGAGACCAACAAGCUUCUUUGAAGAACCACCAUUUAUUUAUUAAAAACGAGAAUAAUCGUGUAUGGAGAACAUAUCUAUUCUGCUUUAUCCAAGUUUAUAUCAAGGACACUCCAUGCUGAUCUAUAACAUUAACAAUAUAGUUGAACUGGAGAGCAGAAAAAGUCUGAUGGUUGGAAUAAUUUUUUUUGGUAUAAGUGCCUCGAGAGAGAAGUCUGGAGCAUACAAAUGGACUUAGCGGUGCAAAUCCUACUGAGCCACACUGACCCUAUUGCUGUAUUGUGUUGCCGGCUCCUCUGGCGCGUCUUAAUGUUUAUUUAUUGCAGGGCUUUUUCCAGUUUCCCUAAACAAAGUGCACUUUUGUGCAAAAUGUUAGGUAAAAAUGUGAAGCAACCCAUCCCAACUGUUGAGGAGUGAAAUACCACUCCCAUGGCCAUCAAGUGGGUUAACCUGAUAAAAGGAUACGUGUUGUGUGUAUGAAGGAACCUAAGCCAAAAGUAGAUUUGCACUCUCCUCCUACUCAGGAUUCAGACACCACACACCAAAAACAAUGGAGGAUGAAGCAUUUUGCACCAAUUGAGCAUAGGAGUAAAUGUGUAUUUAAUAUGCUUUUGAUAUUCUAAUUUUGAUGUAAAAUCCAAGUAAUUUAUUGUGUUUUUUUGUUUGUAACAUUCAUUUCAAAGGUGAAAGCCAAGACUGGAUAAUUAACUGUUAAAGUAAAACUGUAUAUCUCUAAAAUGUUUAAGAAUUUUUUUCAAAAGCAAAAUAGAGUGAACGUUAUAUAUGGUAUAAUUAAUAUGAUUAUUUAUAAUACAACCUUUUGGUCUUUAAACCACUUUUGCACAAAGUAGAAUAGAAUAUAUCUUAAAUUAAUUUGCCGCCCUUUUAUUGGGUGAAGUGGCUGAGCCUAGAGGAAUAGAUUGCUUUCCAUCCUGGGGUGUAAAUAAAACCACUUACCUAAAGUAGCUUGUGUGUAAACUAUGGUACAGGUAACUUCUGUUCGGUUAUUGGCUGAGCCAAAAUAUAUUCCUAUUCUGAGUUUACUGGAAUAACCCUGUGCCUGUUGCACACUUCAGAUUCCAAUACUCCAUUUUUUUCAUGGUUUGAUUUGCUUGGUUUUUAUUUUUAACUUUUACAUCCAGAUAAAUUAUUUUACGCAAUAUAGUUUAAUUUACAAAUAUUUAAAAGCAUAUUCUAUUGUAAGACCUUGAUGCACCCAGGACUAAACAGAUGUUGGCUAAAAUAUACUUUAUUAUAUAGAUGGAACAAAGUGAUAUGUGUUUGAUAAUCCGACCAUGUCUACAUGGGGGGGGGGAACAAGGUCUCUUGUCCAUUGUUAAGAGUUGAGGAUAAGAAAUGUGUGCUGAAAAUCACUCAUCCCACAUGGAAGAAUAGGACAAUAAUUUUUAUGCACUAGUCACAAAGUGUGGUACUUUGGGACCAGCCUAGGACAUAUGUGUAUGGAAUAUUUAAAUACAAUUUUUGUUAAAAUGUAUUUCCUUAAUGAAUAAACAUCUGAAAUCA